GCACUUCAUUUGGCGAAGAAGCUUCGUGGCGUGCGGGCAUGUUGCAGUGCCGGAAAAUGCGCGCGUAAACUGAUAAAUGAGUAGCACAAAGCACAACCGAGUAUAGAGCUACAGCUAGAGCCACAGCCAGAGCCAGAACAAAAAGCAAACAAUACGAGUGUCGUUCCGUCGUUCCGCCGUUCCGCCAUUCGGUUCUUCCGUGUUCCCUGCGUUGUGUUCCAUCCGAUCCCUCGUUAUCCGUCGCCUGGCUAUGUGUUUAUGAAGUGCGUGAAUGAAGUGCCACAAAACGUUGCGGAAACCGUUUGCUGGCCCAUAAAUUGGCCAGCCAACCAGCCAGCCAGCCAGUCAGCCAGUUCGGGCACGCUGCUGUGCUGCUGUUGCGGUCGUCGUCGUCGUCGGCGUCUCAGUUCGCAGUCAAAGUCGUUGUCAAUGCCGUUGAUAAUGCGGUUGGCGCUGGCUGUGCCAGGAGCGGAGUCCGUGCCAGGCCGUAAUUGUCACUCGAAUGACCAUAAAAGCAGCAACAAAUUCAUCAUUGUCACAAAAAUUGAUGCAACAACAAUUACAACAAUAUAACAGCAACAAAAACAAAACAAAUCCAAAAAACCAACAAAGUAUUGCCACCAGCACCACCGGAUAACACGGCCAAUAACCAGAGUGGGGACACCGCGUCAUGUUAGAAGCUAAAACUAAAACUAAAACAACAGAAACAGAAGAAACCGAAGAAACCGAAGAAACAGAGGAAACAAUAACUGCCACAGAAGUAAUUACUGAACCAGCAACAACAGCAACAACUACCAUCCAGAGACCGAUCCUAAGAUGGUCCUAAGCACCGAAUGGUCACAGGUGGAGGUUAUCGAUCUGAUCAACGAUGGCAACGGCCUCGGAUUCAUUCUGGUGGGCGGCCGCAGCACCGGCGUGGUGAUCAAGGCCUUGACGCCGGGCGGCGUUGCCGAGCGGGAUGGGCGCCUACAGCUGGGCGAUCACCUGCUGCAGAUCGGAGAGGUCAAUCUGCGCGGCUUCAGCUCGGAGCAGGUGGCCACAGUUCUUCGUCAGACCGGAGCUCAGGUGCGUCUGAUAGUGGCGCGGCCAGUGGAGCCGACUGCCAUCGAUUACCAAACGCUGGCCAGUCAUGCGCCGAUUAUACCAACUAAGCUCCUCUCCGACCCGGAAGAACUGUCGCGUCAUCUCUUCCAGAACACGAGCUUCACCAAUGCUGCGGCAGCUGCUGCUGCUGCUGCUGCGGCUGCGGCUGCGGCUGCUGCCGGCUCCGUGGACGUGACCAGUCUGGUGGGUCUGGUGCGGGGCGGGCCCGCCGAUGGCUCUGAACUGGCCACGGCUGAGCCGCCGCUGGGCGUCGGACACCACCUGCAACUGGGCGAGCUGACGGACCUGGCCGAUUUCCCCCUGCCGCCCAUACCCCCCCACAUGAUCGGGAGCCACAGCAGCAGCAGCUCGAUGGAGGCCAAUGGCCGGCAGUGUCCGCGCGACCUCGACAUUGUGCCCUUCUCCAUACUCUCGCCGCCCCCUCGUCCCGCCCUGCAGCUAGCCCUGGAACCGCGCUGGAGAACUAGGGACGGGGAGGAGGGGGGAGACGAGGACGAUCAGCAUAUUGAGACUGUGAUAGCCGGCAAACUGUUGGCCGACGAGGUGGACAACGACGACGAGGGAGACAGCGAGGGGGACUCCGCCUCCGGCUCGCCCUCGUACAUGGACUCCCCGGAGACGGAGACGUACGUGGUGGAGCUGCACAAGAACGUCUACGGGCUGGGCAUUACUGUGGCCGGCUAUGUGUGCGAGGAGGAGGACCUGUCCGGGAUCUUCGUGAAGAGCAUCAUCGAGGGCAGCGCCGCGGAGACGAGCGGCCAGAUCCAGAUCAACGAUCGCAUCGUGGCCGUCGAUGGACGCUCCUUGUCCGGCGUGACGAACCAUCAGGCCGUGGAGCUGCUGCGGAACACGGACAUUGAGGUGCACCUGACGCUGGAGCGGUUCCUGCGCGGCCGCAAGUUCGAGCAUCUGCAGGUGGCCCUCACGGAGAUCAAGGGUCGCUCCGCCCCCUGCACGGCGGACAACGAUGGCGACGGACAGUCGCAGCUGUCGAUGCCGGGGUCCCCAUCGAUAGCCACGCUCAGCUGGCUGCCACCCAAGUCCCUUGACGCCGACUCGAUUGCCACCGAGGAGGGCGAGGCGGAGGGCGAAGCGGCGGAGGAUGCCGACCCGCUGGAAUUGGCCGAUCUGCCCUCGCGGGACACCGUCGAGUCGAACAUGUCGCACUUGCUGGACCGCAGCGAUCACAGUGGCCCGGCCAAGGCUGCCAAUCCCAGUCCAUCAGUCCCAAGUCCCCCCCCUCCGACGCUGACCAAUGGCCAGCUGGUGCAGAGGAGCAGAGGCCACGGCAUGGCGGCGGAUGACAGUGGCAACGACACCGACGAGCAGUGUCCAGAGCCAGAGCCCGAGCCAGAUCCCGCCCAGAGUCGGACGCCCACCAAUGAGCUGGAUGGGGUGGCAAUAGGGGCGGCGGCGGCGGUGGGGGUGGUGGGCGAGGUCAAGGUCGAGAAGGCGGCCAGCCCGAGCGCCGCCUCGCUGCGGGUGGCCUGGAAAAGUGAGUUUCCCGACAGUGAAAUUUUAGUUGCCGAAAUAAAUAAACUUUCAGGUCUAGGGAUCAGCCUCGAGGGCACCGUCGACGUCGAGUGCGGUAUUGAGAAGCGUCCGCACCACUACAUACGCUCCAUACUCGAGGACGGUCCCGUCGGCCGCCAGGGCAUCCUGCGGCCCGGCGACGAGCUGCUCCAGGUCAACGAGCACAAGCUCCAGGGACUGCGCCACAUCGACGUGGUCAAGAUCCUGAAGGAGCUGCCCGCGCGCGUCAAACUGGUCUGUGCCCGCGGCACCCGUGUGCCCUCGAUCAUCAACACCUCGCAGAAUGCGGAGGCAUUUGAGACGCGCAGCCUCCUGCCCGGUGGCCACCAGAGCCUGCAGAAUCUGCUUAGCAAGGCGCAGUCGGAGAGCUCCCUGUACACGUCCAGCACGGCGACGCUGACGGAUGCCGUCGGAGCAGCGGGCAAUGGCAAUGGCAACGGCAACGGCAACGGAAGUCAGCAGCGCUCCAAGUCGCUGGAGAACGUGUCCGGACUGGCGCUGUGGAGCUGCGAGGUGACGGCAGUGGACAUUGAGAAGACGGAGCAGGGCUUCGGCUUCUCCAUCCUCGACUACCAGGACCCGCUCGACUCGGAUGGCAGUGUGAUUGUGAUACGCGGCCUGAUACGCGGUGGUGCUGCGGAGGCAACCAACGAGAUAUAUCCCGGCGAUCGCCUCAUGAGCGUCGGCGAACAUUUGCUCCAGGGCCUCGAACUGGACGAGGCCGUUUCCAUUCUCAAGGCCAUGCCGCCGGGCCUCACGCGCCUGGGCAUCUGUCGGCCACUCUCCACGUCGGACAGCAACAGCAACAUAGCCUCGCCGCUGGGCGACUCGUCCAGCACAUAGUGACAGCCCCUCGAUGGCCACUCGGAGCCAGCGCCAUUCUCAAUGUAUUAUAUGACCCUUAUAUCAGCGAUGUGAAGGCACCAACCACCACACCACACCACCCGCAACAGAACGAGAACGAGAACCAGCAG